AUGUCGCCAAUUGCAACAGCCGCAGAACGAAAGCGGAAGACGGAGGACCUGGGCGCGGGCCUGUCCAUCGCAAAGCCCGACAUCGAUAAUCAUCCUGCGGGACCUCCUCGCCAUGGAGAGCUAUCGCAAGCUGAGAGGGCCUUCACGCUGGCAUCGACUUUCAUGUCGGGGGUUUUGGCCGCGACUCAGCUACUAGGUGCUCCAUUGAAACUGAUUGACCCAGUCUUCUACGAGGGCUACAUGGCUUAUACAAAGGAAUGCUUUGCCAUCCUCAUCACAUGCUUGACUCAAUGGUGGGCCCCAACUGUGGUCAGGGUGAGCUGGGAUUCAAGCAUGGUGGGACAGCUCAUCAGGAAGAAGGAUGGGAGCCUACAGUGCAACUUUGCAAACCGCAUGGUUUUGAUGGCUAACCAUCAGCUAUACACCGACUGGCUGUAUCUCUGGUGGAUAGCCUACUGCAACAACAUGCACGGCUUCAUUUACAUCAUUCUGAAAGAGUCAUUGAAGAACAUCCCCAUCAUCGGCUGGGGCUGCCAGUUCUACAAUUUCAUCUUUCUCUCCCGAAAGUGGGAGCAAGACCGAACCACCUUCGAGAGUCACCUCUCGCAGCUCAACAAGCCGAAUGACCCAAUGUGGCUCAUCAUCUUCCCCGAGGGGACCAACCUGUCAGCGUCCACGAGGGAGAAGAGCCGGCAGUGGGCCGAAAAGAAUGGAGUGCAGGACAUGAAGCAUCAGCUGCUGCCCCGCAGCACUGGCCUACGAUUCUGUCUGCAGCAGCUGCGCCAGACCACCGAGUGGCUAUAUGACUGCACCAUCGCGUACGAAGGAGUCCCAGAAGGGCAGUUUGGCCAGGACAUCUUCACGCUACGGUCUUCGUUUUUCGAAGGCCGCCCUCCCAAAUCGGUCAACAUGCACUGGCGCCGCUUCCACCUCGACUCCAUUCCCAUCGACAACGGCAAGGCUUUUGAAGUCUGGCUCCGCAAUCGGUGGCGGGAGAAGGACUACAUGCUGGAAUACUUUGUCAAGAACAAGCGCUUUCCCGCCGAGGACUUCUGGAAGCAACACCUCGACCUGGGUUCGCAGCAGAGUACGAAGUCAGGAAGGAAGUCGCUGCGGGGCAUGCCCAAGCCGGCUGUGAGCAUUGAGACGGAGGUCAAGUCUGGAAACUGGAAUGAGUUUGUCAAGAUCUUUGCGCCCAUUACAAGCGUCGUGACGGCGUUGGCCAUCGCCUAUGGGGCCUCGCCAGAUGACUUGCCGCUUCCGGGCGCGAAAGAAUUUCUCCAAGACCAUUUGAAGACACUAUUGAAGGGUGGAGAAAUGAAAGGCUUGCCCAGUCCCGAUGAACUGGAGAAGACGAUUGUAAAUGCUGCUAAGAUGGGCGGCAAGCGAGAUGGAAGGCAGAAGGAACAUGGCACAAAGGUGCAGGAGUUGACGCAAGAGAACUUGGCCAAAUUGGUAAAGGAGACCGCCAUCAAGAGUGGCAUGGUUCUCCCAGGAGGCAUCAGAAAACCCGGGCCCGCGCCACCUGUUAGGAGUGUUCGUGCUCUGCAGAAAGGUGCCUCUGGUGCCGCAGAAUCCCAGACUCCGGCCAGGACGAGGAGUGGCGCCAAUCUUCUUUCGCCAGCGAAGAACAUAACGUAUGGUUCGGCAAAGCCUGCGCCAGAUGCACCUUCGCAGAUGAAACCAGCUUCUCCGGGGCAAAUGCAAAACGUAAUGACAAAAUCAGGAGUCAUGAUCAAGAUCCCCAAGACACAGGCGCAGGAGGCGAAGAAGACGGGAACCAUAGUCACGAAGGAUGGGGUCGUCAUCAAGGUGGGGAAAAUGGAUGCAGAAGAGGCUCGCAAAGAGAAAUCUGGCGUGGUUAUGACAUCUAGUGGUGUGCCAAUCAAGAUCACGCCUAGUGGUACAAUGGGAGCGCAACAGAAGCCGACCCCUGGAGCUCAAGAUUUGAAGAGAACCGCAAAGCCUACAGUCGCUAGUAAGCAGACGCCCUCGUUGACGGAGGGUAUCUCGCCAGCCAAGAAGACGGCGCAGCCUGACCAGACACGCGUUGCUACGAAGAAAACCUUCAGUGUAGGCACCGGCUCAAAGUAUCGACCUGAGGGGUAA